GAACCUCUUCCCUUUUCCUCUCUUGACGACGACAAGUCUUUUGCUAGCUUAGUACUGUGCCGCCCGAGCUGCGUCUGCUUUGCUUUUGCUGCACAUGAUUUCUAGCGGGCGGCAUACACUCUGAAGCUUGAAGGGUUUAUGCGCGAGCUCAGCUGCUUAACAUUCCCAAAACGACGUCACGUUUCCCAGCUUGUCCGGAGACCUUUAAAGACGACUGCACCAGCCCUUCCAUAUCAGCCCAUCUUACGACCAUCCUGCAGCCAUGAAGCCCUUCGUCUACAGUGCCCUCCCAUCGCGCGUCAUCUUUGGGUCCGGAACGCUCUCGCAGCUCUCCUCGGAGAUCCAGAGACUAGGAUGCAGCAAAGCUCUCGUGCUCACUACCCCACAACAAGUCGAUGCAGGAGAAAAAGUUGCGUCUCUUAUCGGUGAUCUCGCCGUUGGACUAUACACGAACGCUACCAUGCAUACUCCUACGCAUGUAACGGACGAUGCAAUCAAGACUGUGAGUGAGAAGAGAGCGGAUUGUGUUGUAGCGGUCGGUGGAGGAUCAACUAUCGGUCUGGGGAAAGCUAUUGCCUUGAGGACGGAUCUGCCGCAGAUAGUCAUUCCGACGACCUAUGCAGGAUCUGAGGCAACCCCUAUCAUCGGUCAGACCGAGAACAAUGUCAAGACGACACAGAAGACUCUCAAAGUGCUCCCUGAAGUAGUCAUCUAUGAUGUGACCCUCACCCUCACCCUCCCCGCACAAAUGACCAUCACAUCGGGCAUGAACGCCAUCGCGCAUGCCGUGGAGGCUCUAUACUCCCCUGAAGCGAAUCCGGUCAUCAAUCUCCUUGCGGAGCAGGGUGUGGCGAGCAUCGCUAAGGCCCUACCGAUUAUCCAUAAAAAUCCACAGGAUCUGGAGGCGCGGAGUGAUGCGUUGUAUGGGGCGUGGGCUUGUGGGACUUGCCUGGGCGCAGUGGGCAUGUCUCUGCACCACAAGCUUUGCCACACCCUUGGCGGCACCUUCAACAUGCCUCAUGCUGAGACUCAUACCGUCAUCCUGCCUCACGCAAUCGCAUAUAACGCUCCCCACAUCUCUGCCUCCCUCUCCAUCCUCGCCCGUGCCCUCAACACUACACCUUCCAACGUCCCCGGCCUACUCUUCGACAUGUCCAAAGACCUCGGCGCGCCUUAUUCUUUGAAGCAACUCGGGUUCAAAGAGGAGGACGUGGAGAAAGCAGCGGAUAUUGCUGCGAAGGCGCCGUAUCCGAAUCCGGCACCGUUGGAGAGGGAGAGGUUAAUGGUGCUUUUGAGGAAUGCGUGGGAGGGGAAGAGGCCGGCGGUGGAUUGAGGCGUAGUUGACCAAAUCGAAUCAAAGAUCCCAUUGUAAUUGCAUGUUAAAAUUGGACAAACAGCUGCCGUCAAUGAUUCGAAUGUGGCCGGAUUAAAGGAACAACAUGUUUGUUUCGCGGAUGACCUGUCGCUGUGGCGGUCAUGCAUCGUGAGGACGUUGAGCGCUGUAGAUGAGGACACGGCCGGACGUACCUCUAUCCCUCAAAAAUAUCUUCCCAAAAGCGUGCAACAAGCUCUGCUUGACCUCCAUCCGAUGCUCCAUAGACGUAUCAUAAAUAUACGAAUUCGCCGUCGACUCCUCCACGCCCAACUUUGCCAGAAGAUCGUACCACGUCCCGUACUCGAGGCUCACUGGCAGCGGCGCACCGUAGUAA